GUGGAUGACUCCAGAGCUUUACAGCGUGUGGUUCGUUCAGUGAGUUAGGAAGAAAACUGUUUGCAUACCAAUCUCUCUCUCGUCUCGAAGACAGCAUGACCAAAUUGGGGCUAUAGUUAUCUUCGGCUCUGGAAUUUAUUUGUUGAAGACUGAAGUCUAAAGGCUUGUUGUUCUGUUCUUGGACACAUCUCCUACUUGGCUAUUUUCUUAGAAUAUUUAUUUCGUUUUUUUAUGCUCUGAUUUUAGGUGCGUAAUUCUAUUAUCUGACAUAUUUUGUGGAGAGAACACCAGAAAGCUCGCGCAGAGGUUUUGGACUAAACUGCAGUUUUGAGUACACGAUCGUGACAGAAUUACCCACCAUAGGACCAAGCGGCAUGGAAGGCGGCAACAGGACCUACCCAUAAAGGAUUUCUGGACAUGGGAGGAGAUACUGGAUGGUAAGGGGCCGUGGGAUCAACCUGGAGAAUAUCGCCUCCCUCGUGAAGAGCUGGAGGCAGCGAAAGCCGAGAGGAGGCGAUAUGAGGAGGCAGCACGGAGACAAGGCUGGAAGCCCCUAAAUGAAAACAGGAGAGGAGGGGAAACAGAGAAGUCAUCUGCUUCAUCUGAACGAAGAAGCAGAAACAGAAACUCAUGGGGCUGGGAGAGGCUUCAGCGAGAGGUACAGCCAUGGACAGAGACUGUCUCAGCUGCAUCAAAUACCUAAUGUUUGUCUUCAACUUUCUCAUCUUCCUGGGAGGCUCCUUCCUCCUGGGUGUGGGUGUGUGGGUGCUGGUGGACCCUACAGGCUUCAAGGAGAUCGUAGCAGCCAACCCUCUGCUCUUCACAGGAGUCUACAUCAUCCUGGCCCUGGGGGGAAUGCUUUUCCUAUUGGGCUUCCUGGGCUGCUGUGGAGCCAUCCGGGAGAACAAGUGUCUGCUGAUGUUUUUCUUCAUGCUCAUCCUGGUCAUCUUCCUGGCGGAACUAGCUGCAGCCAUCCUGGCCUUCAUAUUCCGGGAGCACCUGACCAGAGAGUACUUCACUAAGGAGCUGAAGAUGCACUACCUGGGCUACAAUAACACUGAUGUCUUCACUGGAACGUGGAACGCUAUCAUGAACACUUUUGACUGCUGUGGCGUGAACAGCCCGGUGGACUUUGAGGAGAGCCUGUUCAGACUGAUCAACCCUAAUGAGAUGGUCCCUGCGGCCUGCUGCAGGAGGGGUAGUCACCCCGGAGACUCAGCCUACAUCCCCCAGGAGGAGUGUCUGAUGGGGAACAUGCUGUUCAGAAACAACAAGGGCUGCUACUCAGCGGUGGUGGACUACUUUGAGCUGUACAUCUAUGUGGCUGGAGCGCUGGCCAUCGUGGUGCUCACCAUUGAGCUGUUUGCCAUGGUCUUUGCCAUGUGUCUCUUCAGAGGUAUCCAGUAGGAUUAGCGCACCACACGCCGGACAGGAGUACUUUUCGGAGCUAGAAAAGGGAAAUCAGGAGAAGGGAAAGAAAAAUGUACACUUGUAAAUUUAUCGUUCUUUUUUAUAUCUGCCAAAAUUGAUUGAUUGGUUGGAAAACAAACGAAACAACACUCAGAAAACAAACAACUAGUACUUCUCAGCUGGACCUUUGAGGUAUUUGGUGACAAAAAAAAGAAAGGAUAGAAAGAGAAAAAAGACAAGAACGGCAGGAAAAUGACAAGAAAAACGUAUGUAAAGUGAUUUGUGUGUAAAGUGAAACAGAUGUUUCAUGGACCAGGUCUAACACGGACCGGGUGUAUUGUAGUGGAACGCGAAUAGGACCUGGGUGAAACCAGGCGUGGUAAAUAAGAGGACCCGGUUGAAGCCUGCCCUGCAGCAGAAGUAGCUUGAGACCCAGAUCUGUUUGUGCUGUCUUGCUAGCUAACUGGGACUCAGGCUAGAGCAGAAGACACUGCACUGACUUUUGGAUGAAGAAUAUUUAUACUUACUGAGUAAAAAGUUGGCUUGACUAAUAUAGAAAUAUGUGUUUUAUGUACACUUUAGCUGUUCCUUCCUAUUACCACUUCUCCCUCCCCCGAUCCCCCGCCCUUCCAUCUACUGCUACCACAAUUCCUCCCUCUUUCCCACUCCCUCCCUCCACAUAGUAUUGUUAGAGCCAUACCUCUUUAAUGCUGUAAAAAGUCCCAUCUAUAAUGUGUGUGUGUGUGUGUGUGUGUGUGUGUGUGUGUGUGUGUGUGUGUGUGUGUGUGUGUGUGUGUGUGUGUGUGUGUGUGUGUGUGUGUGUGUGUGUGUGUGUGUGUGUGUGUGUGUGUGUGUGUGUCCUUGUAUGAAUGAAUGCAUGUGUGCAUGUUGCCCCUUUUGACCAUUCGAGCUUGAAAGGCAACUUCUGUUAAAAUAUUGUAUUUGUGUUGUGAUGUUCAUUGCAAUAGUGGUUACAUGUGGCUUAGGUGAAAAUAAAUGUAUUUGUAUGCAUUUAUAUUUGAUUCUUGAAAAGACAAUGACAUUAAAAUGGCAUUCUAAAA